AUGAUUUCAAUCGUGAUUAGUCCAAAUAUUGCCAAGAGUAAGGAGGACAGGGCCGUCAUCUACGAUGUUGGUUAUGAUUCAUUGUUUGAGAAAAGUGAAUUUGAUGAAGCUGCUGCUGUUGAAAUGUACCCAUUAAAAUCUUUCGAGAAAAUGCUUGGUUCUUGUAACGGUUUGGUUCUUUUCUCGUUUUAUAAGGAGUUAUCGUCCAUCCAUGGCGUAGUACAUAGGGAUAAGUGGCUACGCCUUUGUCUUUGGAACCCAGCUGAACACAAACAAUUACCCGAGUCUCAGAACAAAAUUUUAUUUCAAAGAAACGUCAUGUAUGGGUUUUGUUAUGAUUACAGGAAUGACGAUUACAAGUUGUUCAAAGUUGUAUGCUAUCACAAAGAUACGUACGAAACUUUAGUGUAUGUAUACAGGUUACGUUCUAAUUCAUGGAGGAGCAGUCAAACGAUUCCUUAUUGGUUUCCUUCUGAUACAACAUCUGGGGUGGUUGUUCGAAAUGCUCUCCAUUGGAUAGGCACAGUUGAUGUCGGAACUCGUCAUUCUUCCGAAGUUAUAGUCUCUUUGAAUAUCAGAGAUGAGAUACUCGAGAGUGUUCUACUACCGAAACAACUUUCUAAGAAGGAAUUUUAUACCACAAAAAUCAUGACAGUGGGAGUGCUGGAAGGUUGUCUUUGUGUAGUUGACUUAAAAUUUUUAAGCAAUGAAGCUGAUGUAUGGGUGAUGCAAGAAUAUGGAGUCCAGGAAUCGUGGGUUAAACAGUAUUCUAUCGCCUCAGGGUUGUGUAUCAACGUUUCUUAUUUGAGGUUGAUUUCUUCAAAAAAGGGUAAAAUUCUAUUGCAAACUAGGAGUGGUUUCAUUUUGUAUGACCUGAAGAACUCAAGUACCAGAGAAACAAAGUAA